AUGUCAUCCAUUCCAGAAACAUGCUUUAAGAAUUGUUAUUUAUUAACAAGUAUUGAAUUACCGAAUAACAUAUAUUCAAUCGGAACAGAAGCUUUCACAAAUACAUCAAUCACAUCAAUAACAAUUCCAGAUACUGUUACAAGAUUAUCAAGACAAUGUUUCAGAUUAUGCACCAAACUAACAGAUGUUACACUUACAAGUAAUUCUAAUUUGGUCAAUUUCGACUAUGGUGUCUUUGAUGGAUGCAACAGUUUAUCACGUUUUACAGAUUUCCAAUCGAUCAACUUUUGCACAGACAAUGGUGCGCUUUACAAUAGCGAACGAACACAACUAUAUGUUUAUCCACCUGCAUCACCAAACAGGUUUUUCACGUUCACAGACAGAAUACGGAUCAUCGAAAACGGAGCUUUCAUUGGAUGUCAUCUUCUCGAAUCAAUCCUCAUCCCUGAUAGAUCUGUCGAAACUAUUGGCGAAAAUGCAUUUUAUGGAUGCAAAUCAUUACAAACUAUCAAUUUGCCAUAUUCUAUUAAGUCUAUUGGUUCAGGUGCAUUUGUUGGCUGCGAUAAAUUAGUUUGUGGUGUUAUUUGUCAAAACAAAAGUCGAGAGUUUGUUGACAUGCUUUUUGAGAGCAGCUUAAAUAUGAUGUCUCUUCGUGUUUGUAAUGCUCAAUCAUGUAAAAUGAUUAUGAACUCUUGCAUUUCAUUAUCAUACUUGAUUCCCUUUGUUACAAUAUUACUAUGA